AUGGGUUUCCGGGUAUCGGAAUCGGUUACAAGGGCUGGAGUCAACAAACGAGCUCCCAAGGCAUGCGAGUCAUGUAGGACGCGCAAAGUCCGGUGCGACGUGACGAGAACAGGAGCUUCAUGCACCAAUUGUAGACUGGACAACAAGACGUGUACGGUCCCGAUCAGUAAACGACGACAUGUGGGAGAUCGAAUUCUCUCACCCUCGUUGAUCAGCAGCGCUUCUGGUUCCAAGGGGCCCAUAUGCGAUGCUAUCAUCGAUUUUGGAGAUAUACAGUCACCAUCAGCUCAUACCUCGAGUAUCACGGCUGCCUCGAAAGAAAAGGAGCCGGUAGUCGAAAAUCCAAGAUUCGAUGUCUUUGAAUUCAGCACUGCUGACUUCUUCCCUUCGAGUCAACUGGGCUCGCUUGAAGAUGUUGAGGUAAAUGAUUUUCUUGUCGACGAGAACGACCUACUCGAACAGGUCAUCACGGCAUAUCCAUCACCAGCACAAACUCUUUGCAGUGACCAGCAGCAGUCGAUACCGGUGCUACCGCCAUAUAUUACAGCUUUACCCGAUCACUUGCCUGCAGAUGAUCUGAGGUAUCUACAACGACGAGGUUGCUUUACGAUUCCAGAUCUGGAAUUGAGAGACAGACUUCUACAGGCGUACACGAUGUGGGUUCAUCCUUUUACGCCAAUGUUGGACCUUUCAAACAUUAUCAAGGCUGUUUCCGGUGACACGGCGGCUAGACCGGUGAGCCUGCUUGUAUUCCAGUCUAUGAUGCUCGCGGCAUCACCAUACUGCGAUUUGAACAUUGGCGUGAAAGAUCGGAAGGACACUCGAAGGAUGCUAUAUGAACGGUGUAAGGCUUUGCAUGAUUUUGAUAUAGAGUCUGAUCACCUCUCAAUUGUUCAAUCCACGAUAUUGAUGAGUUUUUGGGACGGCGAUGGGGACCAGAUCCGAGACAGUUACUAUUGGAUCGGAAUAGCCACAACGCACGCGAACGGAAUGGGACUUUAUCUCGAUCCAAUGACCGGGCCCAAGACGAACAGCCGGCAGAAAGUUCUCAAAAGAACAUGGUGGUCGUUGGUGAUGCGAGAUCGAUUGCUUGCUGUUGCUCUCAGGAGACCAGUACAGGUCCAGACUGCCUGUUCCGAGGUUUCCAUGAUUCAGCUGGAAGACUUCGAGAUCGAGUCUCUCCUUGAGGCAACACAAAGCAACCUGGGAAGCAAUGAGCUGAACUUGGAGACAUUAAAUACCGUCAUGAACUGCUGUAUGGCUCUAGCACAACUCUCGAACUAUAUCGACAAAAUUCUAUCGAUCCAAUAUUCGGUUCAGAGGAUAUCUGGAGCUCAGACACUCUCCAAUAAAACCAUUUCAUUGGUUCCAAGGACAUCGGGGGUCAAUUGGGUUGAUAUCAGUAGCUCUGCACAGGAACUCCAGACUUGGUGUCGCACUCUACCAGAGGGUGUUCAACAAUCUAAAUACUCAACACGUGCAUCGAUAUCUAGGGGCAGAAUAAUCCAGGUGCAUAACUCCCUCCUAGCGGCCUACUACUCCAUGACGCUUAUGACACUGUAUCGACCUCUGCUCUCUCUGUCCAACCAAAACGAGAAAGAGAAGCAUAUUCGUCGCACUGCAGUCAAAGUCGUUUUCCAGGCAGCACAGGGGAUCACUGCAAGUUUCGGUGCUCUGUACACUGAGGAUCUCUUGUUGUACCUCCCCGAAACAGCCACUGCUGCCUUGGAGCCAGCCAUAGUCACUCACCUCCUUUACAGCACAUCCGAUGUACCACAGAUCAGGCAUCACAGUUUUCAGAGGUUUUAUCUAUGUUGGAAUAUGCUCCUCCAGCUGGGAGAAGUGUACAGCCUUGCAGACACGACUGUUUCGAUGAUAAACGCAGCUGCGCAACGUCUUAAAACGGGUCCAAAUUCGAGGAGUUGGAAUGUUGGGAGCUCGGCACAAUCUGGACAUCAGUCAUCUCCAACAGCAAGCUCGCCUUCCACAUGUGGAUCAGCCGUAAGAGCGUGGACCUUGGAGGGUGAACAGGAGAGCAAAUCUCUGGUAGAUUGGGACUACAGCCUUCUAGGUCCUACCACUUCGAUGGACUCGCUCCCAAGUACAAAAGCAGUGACUAGUAAUCAAGACUCCAGCAUCGAUAGCUUUUCGGACGCCGAGCUAUUUGAGCAACUGGUGUGCUGGGAAACAGGAGAAAAGACUCCUUAUACUUGA